AUGUCAUCCACCACAACGGCUCCCAGAGUGAUCAUCAAUGCUAAUUCAACCCUUGCAGACUAUCAAAAUGAUGUGAAUAUAAUCUUCAAUGGUCUCAAUACUCAACCGCCUACGGAUCAUCAUUUCAUAUCUGAAUUGACUAAUCCUCUUCAGAGUAUAGUCAAUACUUUCCACGUUCAUUCAGAAUACCUCUCAGCAGGUCAUCCAAUCGUAUGGAAUGAUGAGUUCAUGCCAUUGAAAUCUCAUGAUAACUUCAUUCAACUCACGGAUCAGCUCGAUGAACUGGAAACGGUACUUCGGACGAGAUACCUAGAUCACUUACAUGGUAGUAUGAGUAGUACAUUGGAAGAUAGGAAUAGAAUGAUGAUUGCAUCAUCUACAGGUUCAGUGCCCCCAGACUAUAUUAACCAGUUGACAGACCAAUACAACAAGUUAGCCCAAGACAUAACCAACACUGAGAUGAUCUUGAGUUUGGAUGAUAUUUGUGAGCAGUACUACAUGGCGGGAAACACAGUGAUGUCUUUCAAGGUGGAACGUGAGGAUGAUAAUGAGGAAGAAGAAGGAGAGGAGGAGGAGGAGGAGGAGGAUACGGACACGGAGGAAGAAGGAACACAAGUAUACACUCCUGGUCCAUCAGACAUUGAUACUCCAAUUUCUCAAGGUGCAACUCCGGGAGAUGAUGAUGGUACCGAGGGCUUUGGUAAUCUCAGUAUUCAAGACCCGGGUCAUUCAGAGGCUUAG